UCCGUUGAUCCAUCCCUCUACUUGUUUCCUGCCUCUCUCUCCUGUCUCUCCUUACCUCCUUUGAGAUUAAGUACAUUCAGGUAACUAAAUACAACUUAACAUGAAAAACUUUUUUUUUUUUUUCCAAAAUAUUGGGAAAAUUACAUGUUUUCUUUAAUACAUAAGGAUGUGUAUGUCUUUUGAAUGUGCAGUGACUGAAAAGUUUUCACAAGUUUGUGUGCUUGGUUGAGUGAAUGAAUGUAACUGUCAUGAUACAAACCCAAGAGUUCAUAAAAUUGGAAAUACCUUGUGAAGACUUAUGGAAAAUAUUUCUAUCAAACUUCUGAAACCAUGAAGUGAAGCAGUGUAUGGAAGAAAUCUAAUUUGGUUUUUCCUCACUAAGAACUAAUAAUCUGGAGUGCAUAUACAGCAUUCCUAUUGGGAAAAAGAGUCGUCAGUGGAAUGUGUAAAGCAGUCGAAGACAUGGGAGUGCAAGUGGAAAGCACUCUUCCUGCAAUGGUGCAAUGGCCAAAAUCCCAGUCUCCUCUUCUCCCUCUCCCCAAAGUCUCCUUUGACCCCAACCCCAACAUUUGCUUUGUAUUUCACCAGCAGCACAUUAUUCCUCGCAGUGAAUUGGUGUUUGGCUAACAGUUUUGAGUGGUAUACUGAUUUCUUUAAUGUAGAAAAUGGAUCUGCUCAUUUUUGAUUUUGCUAUUUAAUUGGUAUCAUCUUUAGAUGGUUGCAACAAAUGCUCGGCUUAACUUUCAUCCCCCUUUUUUUUUCUCCUUUUUUUAUUGUGACUAGAAUGUGGUUAAUAGAAUAUAGUGGACAACCCAUUAUUACAGAGGGUGUUCCUGCUUUUCUUGCAUGCCGCUGUAUACAACAAAACAUUCAUUAAGUAGUCAGCAAAUAAUUCAGUAGAUUUUUAUGUAGUUUUGCAAUUUCUUGUAAACUUGCUAUGACCAUAAAUGUUUGUAGGAUUCACAAAUUCUUUGUAGGGUAAUGCAUUCAAAAGUAGUAAGUCAAAACCAAAGUAUCUGCAUGACUACUUCAAUGUUCUAUUAGGAAUUUUUGAAUGGUAAGACAUAACUCUUGAUUUUUUGUUUCUUUAUUUAAUGUAGUACCAUCAGCUGUCUUCAUACUUAGUUAUCAGUGGACAUCAGCAUGGAUGUAGGCUAGUAAAGCAAACGCAAAGAUGUCAGUGGUAGAUAGAGUACAUACUCGAACAAGGGGCACAAACGGUGAUGGUAUUGACUGAGCUCAUGUGGCCAUCGCUGACAUAGUGUCUCCGUGUUUCAGGCCCACAUAACCCCCAGGUGCCCCCCCGCGCUGCAUCUCCCACCCCUUCCGGAAAGCCUUUUGAUCCUGUGACCCAACUCGCCUCUCCAUCCCCUCCUCCAUCCUCAACCUCGAUUCCCUCUUCCCCAAUCCAACACACACUCUCCCCACCCUCACCAAGUGUCAAGCCUCCCCCUGAUCUUGUGUACCUUACAGGAUUAAGGGGGAUGGGACUAGGCCACCAUCAGUCCGUUAGCCGUCUAGAACUCCUGACCAGAGCUUUAGCGCACAGGGCUUUGGCAGACUCCCCUCGAUCUGAGAAGUUUUUGCCCCUCAACCUAUCCCCUGUCAGUUCCAUCCACCAUACUGACAUCAAACCCAUUCCUAACCUGAACCAUUCUUUCAAUAGUAACAGCAGUUUAAACAACAACCACCUCAAUAGUAAUGGCAGCAGUGGUGGGGGAUCUCUGGGUGUGCCGCUGGUGCAGUCGACCAGCAACAUUCACGGAGGGAUGGUACACACAUGUCAACGCUGCGGCAAGACUUACGGAGUGAGGCGUUCACUCCACCGCCAUCAGAAGUUCGAAUGCGGAGUUGAACCUAAGUUUAUGUGUCCUGUCUGCAACAAGAAGUGCACCCAUAAAUUCAACUUGAAACAACAUAUGUUGUCACACCACAAAUAUGAAGUUUCAUAGAUAUCUUGCUUUUUUGUAAACAUGCAUAAAUAUAUAUGUAUGUAUUUAUGUAUUCCUGCUAAUACAUAUAUGUACAUAUAUAAAUGUGUCUGUAUGAAGUACAGUAUACACUAAUGUACACUUAUUUAUGAAUAGACAUACAUUUUAUCUGUAUGUGCUUAUGUACUGUA